GGUCACCUCCUCCUUUCCCCAUAUAUCACGCCAUCCUUCUUCUUCUCCAUCACAAUUCACAACCAUAUCUCUCUCUCGUCUUCUUCUUCUCCAAAUUUCUCAGACCAAUAACAAAUAAAUAAACAAAGUAGAAGAAGAGAUCAUCAUGGCCGUCGAUCUAAUGCGUUUCCCUAAGAUGGAUGAUCAAACGGCUAUUCAAGAGGCUGCAUCUCAAGGUUUACAGAGUAUGGAACAUCUGAUCCGUGUCCUCUCUAACCGUCCCGAACAACAACACAACAACGUUGACUGCUCUGAGAUCACUGAUUUCACCGUUUCUAAAUUCAAAACCGUCAUUUCUCUCCUUAACCGUACCGGUCACGCUCGCUUCAGACGCGGACCGGUUCACUCCACUUCAUCUCAGAAACAACAGAGUCAGAUCGUAAAAACGACUCAACCGGAAACUCCGAUUGUUUCUAAGCCGGCGAGAACAACAACGACUCACCCUCAAAUCGUUCCUCCACCGUCGAGCUUCGUUCAUUCGAAUCAGCCGAGCGUAACACUCGAUUUCUCUAAACCAAGCAUCUUCGGCACCAAAGCUAAGAGCUCCGAGCUGGAAUUCUCAAAGGAAAACUUCAGCGUUUCUUUAAACUCUUCCUUCAUGUCGUCGGGAAUUACCGGAGACGGUAGCGUUUCCAAUGGAAAAAUCUUUCUCGCGUCUGCUCCGUCGCAGCCUGUGAACUCCUCCGGAAAGCCACCGUUGGCCGCUGGUCAUCCUUACAGAAAGAGAUGCCUUGAGCAUGAGCACUCCGAGAGUUUCUCCGGCAAAGUCUCCGGCUCCGGCUACGGAAAGUGCCAUUGCAAGAAAAGCAGGAAAAAUCGGAUGAAGAGAACCGUGAGAGUACCGGCGAUAAGUGCAAAGAUCGCUGAUAUUCCACCGGACGAAUACUCGUGGAGGAAGUACGGACAGAAACCGAUCAAAGGCUCACCACACCCACGUGGUUACUACAAGUGCAGUACAUUCAGAGGAUGUCCAGCGAGGAAACACGUGGAACGAGCAUUAGAUGAUCCAGCGAUGCUUAUCGUGACAUACGAAGGAGAGCACCGUCAUAACCAAUCCGCGAUGCAGGAGAAUAUUUCUUCUUCAGGCGUUAAUGAUUUAGUAUUUGCCUCGGCUUAACUUUUUCGUAUUGUUUUUUGAUUUUUUGAGUACUUUAGAUGGAUUGAAAUUUGUAAAUUUUUUUAUUAAGAAAUAAUUUUAAUUAGA